GCCGGCCGAGUGCAGUGCGUUUACAGACAUCGUUUAGUGAACAACUUUCCUAUGAAAAGUGAAUACGAAUAAUAAAAAAUGAAGAUUUUAAUGAGAGCUGACACUCAUUACAGUAUUGUGGUUAGGGAUAGUGAAUAUGAAAAACCUAAAUAUACUUGUUCCCAGGUUCUAGCCGCAGUGGCCGUUUCUAUGGGAUCAAUGAUUGUAGGGUUUUCCUCGGCUUACACAUCGCCAGCUCUGGUUACUAUGGAAAACAGCACUUCUAUAUCAGUAUCAGAAGAACAGGCAAGCUGGGUCGGCGGGUUGAUGCCUUUAGCAGCGCUUGUGGGAGGAGUAAUAGGAGGCCCUCUCGUAGACUACAUCGGACGUCGCAGAACUAUUCUGUUUACCGCUGUUCCUUUCUUUAUAGGAUGGAUCCUAAUAGCCACAGCGAAGAUUGUACAUUUAGUUCUAGCUGGUCGAGCAAUAUGUGGCCUUUGUGUCGGUAUCGGCUCUUUAGCUUUCCCUGUAUACCUCGGAGAAACUAUACAACCAGAGGUUCGCGGUACACUCGGUCUAUUCCCAACGGCCAUAGGAAAUAUUGGCAUCCUGAUUUGUUACGUCGCCGGAAAAUAUCUUGACUGGUCACAACUUGCUUACUUAGGAUCAUCAUUACCGAUUCCAUUUCUAAUACUAAUGUUCAUGAUCCCGGAAACACCUCGAUGGUACAUCUCGCGGGGACGGACUGAAGAAGCUCGUAAAGCUUUGCAAUGGCUUCGGGGACCAAACACUAAAAUCGAUAACGAAAUUCGGGACAUCGCUUUAUCUGACGCAGAAAUAGGCAAAGAAUCUUCAGUGGCUGAACUAUUCAGCUUAAAAUAUAUGAAAUCAAUAUUCAUCUGUUUAGGCUUAAUGGCUUUUCAACAACUAUCCGGUAUAAACGCUGUAAUAUUUUAUACGGUUAAAAUAUUUAAAAUGUCUGGAAGUUCUAUUGACGAGAACUUAUCAACGAUUAUAGUAGGAUUGGUAAACUUUAUAUCGACGUUUAUUGCUACAGCACUGAUCGAUCGUGCGGGUCGCAAAAUGCUGCUAUACAUAUCUUCGGUCACCAUGACUGUCACACUGAUAGUAUUGGGUACAUUUUUCUACGUACGUGAUACUCUAAAUAUGGAUGUUUCAACAUUAGGAUGGAUUCCACUUACAAGUGUCAUGAUUUAUCUGUUAGGAUUUUCAUUGGCCUUUGGACCAAUCCCAUGGCUUAUGAUGGGUGAAAUAUUGCCGGCGAAGAUCAGAGGUGCCGCAGCAUCUAUAUGCACUGCAUUUAAUUGGCUUUGUACAUUUACAGUAACAAAAACUUUCCACAAUAUUAUCGUGGGUAUCGGACCAUCUGGAACCUUCUGGUUAUUCGGUUCAAUAUGUUUUAUUGGUUUAUUUUUCGUAGUCGUUUGUGUACCAGAAACUCGGGGUAAAAGUCUUGAACAAAUAGAAAAUAAAAUGACUGGCAGAAAAACUACUAGAACAAGAAGAAUGAGUUCUAUCGCUAAUAUCAAACCUUUACCCUGUGGUUGUUAAUGUAGGAUAAUAUUGUAUGUUUGUAUGUCAAGGCUCACUAUAUGGAGUUUUUUAUAUACUUAAUUAGUAAUUACUUAAAUUAUGUGGACUGCAUACUUACUCAAUAGAGAUGGUAUGCAUGAUGGGGGUUGACACAUUUAUUAUAUAAUUAGACAGAGUAAAUAGUUAUAGACGGCAUUGUACUAGUAAGCAAUACAUGAUGUAGAAAUGAAAUAAGACAAAAGCAAGCAAGCAAAAGAGUGAGAAAGCAACAUUUUUUACCUUUUAUGAUGUUACAUCAUACUGGUAUUUUAGAAAUGAAUUUUGUAUGUAGAAUUUUAAGAGUGAUAAUUUCU